AGCGUCGGGUCACGUGUGCCUGUACGUUCGUCUUCGCUUGGCGGCAAGAUGGCGGCUGCCGGGUCUGGUGUGUCCUCCGGUUCAGUAGAUGAUUUGUUCUCGACGUUUUACACAGAGGUACGGUGUUUGCAGAGGAAGAACAUGCGAACAACGUAAUCCUGGUUAAGCAAAUUGAAAAACGUGAUUCCGUCUUAACCCCAAAGCAACAAAUCGAAAGACUGAUUAGACCUGGAUCAUCGUACUUUAACUUAAACCCUUUUGAGGUACUGUAUUUGCAUAAGCUUGCACAAGCUUGUUGUCAAAUAAGUUGGAAAGCUAUGUAAAAUGUAACUAAGAAGAGAAUAAGAAAGUUUGCAAACCAUUUAAACCCUUUAUUUGAGAGCAUUUGCCGCAUUAUGAAGCUUAAAUACUGCAAGAGACUGCAAACUGUUGAGCAGCUGAAAUCAUAUGUCAGACAAAAAUGGAAUAUUUCACUUUAAAAAAAACUACAGCAGUUGGUCUCCUCAGUUCCCAAACAGAAAUCAAUACCCCCAAGAAUGAAUAUUUAACAACAAAUUGCAUAGUCUUGCAAAUUGAUCCAGAAGCAACAGAUGUGGAAAUCAAGAAGAGAUUUCGGCAGUUAUCAAUUCUUGUUCAUCCGGAUAAAAAUCAAGCUGAUCCAGACAGAGCCCAGAAAGCUUUUGAAGCUGUAGACAAAGCGUAUAAGAGUCUCCUUGAUCCGGAGCAGAAAAAGAGGGCUGUAGAUGUCAUCCAAGCUGGACAGGAAUACAUUGAACAUGUUGUAAAAGAAAAAAAGAAGCAAUUGAAAAAGGAAGGAAAAUCAUUAACAGUUGAAGAAGAUGACCCUGAAGUGUUCAAACAGGCUGUGUACAAACAGACGAUGAAGCUCUUUGCAGAGCUUGAAAUCAAACGAAAAGAAAGAGAAGCCAAAGAUAUGCACGAAAGGAAGAGGCAGAGAGAAGGUGAAAUAGAAACUCAAGAAAAAGCCAAAAGGGAAAGAGAGUGGCAGAAAAACUUUGAGGAUAGUCGAGAUGGGCGAGUGGAUAGCUGGCGAAGCUUCCAAGCCAACACAAAAGGAAAAAAAGAAAAGAAGGCAAGGUCCUUUCUAAAACCCCCAAAAGUGAAGAUGGAGCAACGAGAGUGACUGUCCCACCCACACAGAAUAAGCCCUCCUUUGAUUUCUAUGAACUGCUUAUACACCUUUUAUUUAAGUGCCCUGGCUGAUGCCAGUAUUUCAUGCUAUCUGCUGGUGGCACGGACACUUAAACCAACUCCCCUUUUGUACAGUUGAGCUGUUCCUUAUAAAGGACCAGUAACAUCAAAUGUUUUUUUUUUUUAAUAUCUAUCUAUCUAUCUAUCUAUCUAUCUAUAUAUAUAUACACACACACACACACACAUACAUGCAAACAAAUAAAAAAAAACUGUUGAUGUUACUGCUCCUUUAAUGCUUUUUUUUAAUUUUUUUUUUGGGGCGAGGAAUUGCUUGUAUUUUAAUGUUUUGUACCAAUAUCAUUUGAUGUCAACUAGCCAUUGUAUAUUAGAUGUGUGACAUUAAAGGAAAUCUUUAGAAGUCCAAAA